AUGGCAGCUAGGGCCUCUCUAUGCCAUGACGAUUACACGGUCGGAUGGAUCUGCGCUUUACCCCUGGAGAUGGCAGCCGCAAAGCUAAUGUUGGACGCAAUACACCCGAAUCUACCUCGCCCACCGACAGACCAAAACACGUAUAUUCUUGGAAACAUCGAGGAACACAAUAUUGUUAUUGCCUGUUUACCAAGUGGCGCAUAUGGCAUUGUAUCAGCUGCAACGGUAGCGACGCAGUUGCUCUCUAGCUUCCACUCUAUCCGAUUUGGCCUUAUGGUCGGUAUCGGUGGAGGUGUACCAAGCAGCAACGCAGACAUUCGCCUAGGCGAUAUUGUGGUGAGCCAGCCAGCAGAAACAUCCGGAGGCGUGAUCCAAUACGAUCUCGGUAAAGCGUUAAGCGGCGGUCAAUUUCAGCGGACGGGGAUGCUUAAUCGGCCACCUAAGGUCCUGCUGACUGCCCUCGCUACCCUCCAAGCCCACCACUUCACAGACGAUAGUCGAGUUUCUGAAUUUAUCUCUGACGCCCAAGUCAAAACGACCCCGCGCAGAGCUGCAACUUUUUACACGGCCCACUCAAGAGGACUGUUUAUAUCAAUCAGAAUAUAUCCAUAG